UGGAAGCAACUGAUCUGAAAUCGUCUUAUCACAAGCUUUCGAUUGGUGUAAGUAUCAGCUACAAAGCGGUGAACGCUAAGUAGGAGCGAACACACGCAGUUCGAAUAGUAGCGUGAACACGGCGUAUAGGUUCAAUCUCCACUGUCUAGCAGAUCAGCACACUACGCUAGAUGGUCGUCUUCACAAUUAUUGGAGUGGUUACCGCUGCUCUGGUUGCUACUGUGGCUGUACUGGCUCUUCUCCUCGCCAGCCGCAGACGUCAAUAUUCGCAUAUUCCCUUUCCUCCUCUGGACAACUUCUGGUUGGGUCAUGCGUCUUCCGUUGAUAGGAAAAUGAGAGGCGGACUUGCUUUUGACGAGAUUAUGAUGGAAUAUUCAAAGAAACACGGAGAAGUCUUUGUUCUCUUCUUCCUUCAUAGUCCGUAUGUAGUCGUAAGCCUGGAUGAUCCGAAAGCAAUGCGUGAAGUGGUGAAUGACAAGAGUCUCGUGAAAUCCGACAUUUUUCUUGCAAUGCGGUCGCUAUACGGUCACAGGUUUCUUGGCAAUUUCAUGGACAGUGAAACUGAUGUGAACGUUUGGUUGAAACGCCAGAAAGCGUUUGCGCCGGUCUACAGUACGAAGAACGUGCGUGAUUUGGUUGUGUUAGUGAAUCAGUUGGUAGACAAGUUCAUAAUGCACAUUGAUAAGGAGAAGGACAAAGAAGAAGCCCUCGGCAUGAAAGAUACCAUUCGUCUCAUUACGUCGGCAAUUGGUGGUAGCAUCACAUUCGGUGUUGACAUUGAAACGAUUGUGGAAAUGAAGUCUUUAGACCAAGCUCUAGAAACUGCUUUUGCACUUUAUAGAGAUAUGGUGUUUGAUCCACUAACUCGGUAUCUUCCCAUCUAUAGAGGUAAAUGGCAACAGGCAAAAGAGACCUGUGCAUUCCUUCGAGGUGAAGUCGCAAAGUAUGUAGUGAAGAGGCAGAAGGAAACCUCAGAAACAAACAGCCACGAUUGGAAGGAUUUUCUGAGUUGUGCACUGAAGGUAAUAGGAGAAUAUGACUUUGAAGUGGUGAUUGACAUGUUGCUGGAGAUUUAUAUUGGCACUGCUCUCACUACACCUGUUACAAUGAGUAAUUGUCUAAGAGAGAUACUUAGACAUCCAGAAGUCGAGAAGCAGGUUGUAGAGGAAGUGGAUCGAGUGCUCGAGGGCAAGCCAUUUGUAUCCGCGACAGACAUCCAAUCUCUCCACUAUCUCGAUUGUGUCUUGAAAGAGACUCUUCGACGUCACAGCACAGUUCCUGUUUUCUCACGAGCAAGUACGUCUGCUCUGACAGUUGCUGGUUAUGCUAUACCUGUUGGUUGCGAAGUUCACAUCAGUUGCUUUGCUAUGCAUCUCAGCGAUAAGCUGUGGCAAGAUCCAAUGAAAUUCGAUCCCAAUCGGUUCUAUUCUCUCAAUGAUCCUUCUGCAACUCUUUCAUUUGGUUGUGGAAUACGUGCUUGUCUCGGACGUUCAUUGGCUGAGCAUGAGAUGACAGUGAUCAUUGCUCGUCUCUUUCAAACGUUCACCUUUCAGUUGGAGCAACAAAGCAAGGAAUACGAUAUGUACGAACCAAAGGCAUCACUUAUAAUUUUUAAGGAUCCUGUGAAAUGCAAGAUCAAACGAAGAUUGGUAAAGGAGACUGGUUUGUGCUAGUCUCUGUCAUGAAAGAACUGGACUGAUGACUUAGUUGUUUUGACUAGAAUUUGUCUAGUAAUUCCUAGAUAGCAGCUUGUAGUAAGAAUGAUCUGCACUUGAGUGAUAGUCAGACAGAGUACAACACAUUGCAGUAUGGUUCAUCUCUUUAUAUAUAGGAGAGCGGUCUGUCUGUCAGUCAAUACAUAUAUUUUUGAUAAAUGAACUAUA